AUCCAGGAGAUGGUCCACUCGGAUGCCACAUCCUAUGAGUCCAACCGUCAAGUGCCCCUGAUCAAUCGCCCCGGGAUGUUAGCCAGCCCCAUGAGCGCGCUCAGCCAGUCACAGCUGAUUUCUCAGAUGGGGAUGAGGAGUGGUGUCACCCACGGUUCCCCAUCACCCCCGGGAAGUAAAUCUGCCACGCCAUCUCCCUCCAGUUCUACUCAGGAAGAGGAGACAGAGUCACAUUAUAAGGUUACUGGAGAGAAAAGACCAUCAACAGACCUGGGCAAGAAGCCAAAAAGCCAAAAGAAGAAGAAAAAGAAGGAUCCCAAUGAGCCCCAGAAGCCCGUGUCAGCCUACGCCCUGUUUUUCAGAGACACACAAGCAGCCAUCAAAGGGCAAAACCCCAACGCGACCUUCGGAGACGUAUCAAAAAUUGUUGCGUCGAUGUGGGACAGUUUGGGAGAAGAACAAAAACAA